AUGUCGUACUACUUCACCAUCCUCUCACCCUCAGACACGCCGGUGUUCAACAUUGCAUUUGGCACCUGCAAAAGCGGUGGUGAUGGCAUUGCCCGUUUUCGGUUCCCAGAUACAGCCCAGUACAUGAACCAAUUCAUCAUCCACUCCAGCCUAGAUAUUGUGGAAGAAGCUCAGUGGACCAAUGGCGCAAUGUACCUCAAGCAUAUUGACACCUACCCUCCCAAUGCAGCCUACAUUUCUGCUUUCCUGACGCCCAGUGGUGUGCGAUUUAUGCUGCUCCACCAGCCCCCGAACACUCCCCAUCCCGGCACCAGCGGUAUCGCGGGCUCAUCGAUCCUUGGCUCCUCUUCAUCCACCCGCGCCUCGUCGAGUUCAAUUGCUGCGAACCCCACCUCCCCUCAAACUGAAGAGGCUGUGCGCCAGUUCAUGAAUGAGAUCUACGAGAACUAUGUCAAAACUGCUAUGAACCCGUUCUACAAGCAGGGUAUGGAGAUCAAGAGCCCUGUAUUUCGUGCUAAGGUUACAGCUGCUGGACGCAAGUGGCUGUGA